AUGGCGCCAUCCCCGCAUGGACCGGCAACGCUAUCUCACCCGACAACCUGGAAUUUCGAUAUUGAUCGGUAUCUGAAUCCGCUCGUGCCAGCGCCCAGAUGGCAUCUCGUACCAAGACCCGUCGCCCAUAUGCUGGGAUAUCGGGAUAGACCACCCAAGCCAAUAGGCAACAUCGUGGUCGCCUUAUGGUCGUUGCUUGGAGCAUUUUGCGGAGUGGCUUUGGUCGCAUCCGUUUCGAAACGGGUGCCUUCUUUUCAAGCGCAUGAUGCGACAGCGAUUGUUGGCAGUUUUGGUGCGGCGGCAGUUAUUGAAUUCGGCGCGAUCGACUCCCCGUUCGCGCAACCACGCAAUGCGAUCCUCAGCCAGGUCAUUGCCUGUUUCUUUGGUGUCGGGAUAUCGAAGUUGUUCGCCUUGGACUCUCGUGCCGAGGCGUAUACUGAGCUUGGGGGUGCUCUCGCUUGCGCUCUUACCACUGCUGUCAUGCUUCUUACCAAUACUACACACCCGCCGGCGGGUGCGACCGCUCUUCUGGCGGUGACGCACUCUCAGACUGUUGCUUUAGGCUGGUUUCUGUUCCCGGUCAUGUUGCUUGGAGUCACGCUUAUGCAGGCUGCGGCCGUGGUCCUCAACAAUAUCCAGCGUCGGUAUCCACUGUACUGGUGGACGUCACAUCCUCUAUCGCCAUCUCGAGGGGAUGUUGAAAAGGCUAGUCAAAAGGAAACACCUAGUGUUGCUAGUCAUUAUGAGGAUAGUCUGACUGAUGUUCCUCGGCGGUUGAUAGUAGAACAUGGUGAUAUUUCGGUGCCUGAUGGAAUAUUGCUUUCUGCCGAGGAACGAGAGGAUUCUAUCGAUAAGGGCAAAACACCCAACUCCACUGCUCUACGCCCCUCGAUUUCUGUCCGCCCCGCCAGGCGAUCCACUCAGCCUUUUUGCAUUUCUCUUCAAUCUCUUUUCGCAUUGUCAUCCUUUCUCCUCUCCCUACCUUUGCCUUCCGUCUUCCCUUACUUCUCUUUUUUACCCCCCUUUUUUUAUACCGUCACACCCGCAACCAUGGUUUCCGCCUCGAAGGCUGCCCGCAUGGCCAAGCGUGCCGACGAGAAGAAGCCCAAGAAGGCCGCCAAGGUCGAACUCGAUGCCCACGGAAACCCAAUCGUCGAGGAUGCGCCCGCCACCAAGGAUCAGUCCGCCGUUGAUAAGCUCACAGCCCAGAUGGAUAAGCACGGUCUCUCCGAUCGUGUCACCACCGGUGUGCUGUCAUCUCUGCCCGCUUCUCGCGACGUUAAGAUCACCUCUUGCUCCCUUGUGUUCCACGGAAAGGUCCUGGUCACCGAUUCUACCCUCGAGUUGACCUUCGGCCGUCGCUACGGUCUCCUCGGUGAGAACGGUUGCGGAAAGUCCACCAUCCUCAAGUCCAUUGCUGCCCGCGAGUACCCCGUCCCUGAGCACGUCGAUAUCUACCUUCUGAACGAGGGUGCACCUCCGACCGACUUGGGUGCCCUCGAUUGGGUCGUCCGCGAGGCUGAACGCCAGUUGGACGAGAUGGAGAAGAAGGCCGAGGAGGUCCUCGAGGAAUCUGGCCCUGACAGCCCUAUUCUUGAAGACCUGUACGACCGCAUGGACAAGAUGGAUCCUUCCACUUUCCACGUUCGUGCCUCCCUCAUUCUGACCGGUCUCGGCUUCAACAAGAACACCAUCAACAAGAUGACCAAGGACAUGUCCGGUGGUUGGCGUAUGCGUGUUGCCCUCGCCAAGGCCCUGUUCGUCAAGCCCUCUCUGCUCUUGCUUGAUGACCCCACUGCCCAUUUGGACUUGGAAGCUUGCGUGUGGCUGGAGGAGUACCUGAAGAAGUGGGAUCGUACUUUGAUCCUGGUUUCUCACUCCAUGGAUUUCCUGAACGGUGUCUGCACCAACAUGCUCGACAUGCGUGGCCAGAAGCUCCUUUACUACGGUGGUAACUACGAUUCGUACCACAAGACCCGUAGUGAGCAGGAGACCAACCAGAUGAAGGCCUACGCCAAGCAGCAGGAAGAAAUCCAGCACAUCAAGAAGUUCAUUGCUUCCGCUGGUACCUACGCUAACUUGGUUCGUCAAGCCAAGUCUCGCCAGAAGAUUCUCGACAAGAUGGAGGCCGAUGGCUUCAUCCAGCCCGUCAUCCCCGACCGUGUCUUCACCUUCCGCUUCGCCGACGUUGAGAAGCUUCCUCCCCCAGUUCUUUCCUUCGAUGAUGUCAGCUUCUCUUACUCCGGUAAGUGGGAGGACACUCUGUACGAGCACCUCGACCUCGGUGUAGACAUGGACUCCCGUACCGCCCUGGUCGGCCCCAACGGUGUCGGCAAGUCUACCCUGCUCCGUCUCAUGACCGGCAAGCUCAGCCCCAUCGGUGGCCGCGUCUCCCGUCACACUCACUUGAAGCUCGGUGUUUACAGCCAGCACUCCUCCGAGCAGCUUGAUCUCACCAAGUCUUCCCUGGAGUUCGUCCGUGACCGCUUCCCCGAGAAGUCCCAGGACUACCAGUACUGGCGCCAGCAGCUCGGCCGCUACGGUCUGAGCGGCGAGGGCCAGACUGCCCUCAUGGGUACCCUGUCCGAGGGCCAGAAGUCUCGUAUCGUCUUCGCUCUGCUUGCCAUCGAGUCCCCCAACAUGAUUCUGCUGGACGAGCCUACCAACGGUCUCGAUAUCCCUACCAUCGACUCAUUGGCCGAUGCCAUCAACGCCUACAGCGGUGGUGUCGUCGUCGUCUCUCACGAUUUCCGUCUCCUCGACAAGAUUGCCAAGGACAUCAUGGUCUGUGAGGAUAAGACCAUUCGCCGCUGGGACGGCUCCAUCGGCGACUACAAGAAUUAUCUCCGUAACAAGAUGAUGUCCGCCGGUGCCGUUUAA